ACUCCCAUCCUGAGCAUAGACAGUGUUAGCCAUGGUUCCUGAGAACCAGUCAGUUGUGACCAUGUUCAUCCUGCAAAACUUCGUGGAUGACCCCCGGGUCCAGGAUGCCCUCUUCUGCUUCUUCUUUACCUUGUUGACAUUGGCCAUAGCUGGCAAUGGCCUGAUUAUCACAACUAUUCACAGAAGUCCCAACCUCCACACUCCCAUGUAUUUCUUCCUAGUUAACCUUGCCUUGAUGGAUGUGAUCUGCACUGUGACUGUCUUGCCCAAGGUCCUGCAGAGCCUGGUGACAGAGAACACCAUAUCUUAUGGGGGAUGCCUCACACAGAUGUUUGUCUUCUCCUGGGUCCUGGGCUCUGAGCUUAUGCUUUUCUCUGCCAUGGCCUAUGACCGCUACCUUGCAAUCUGCCGGCCAUUGCAUUAUGGAACCCUCAUGAAUGGCAGGGCCUGUGUGGCCCUUGCAACCUUUGUGUGGUUCACAGGGGCUCUCAAUUCCUUGGUGCUCACUUGUCUGGUGUUACCGCUGUCCUUCUGUGGUCCCAAUCUCAUCACACAUUUCUUCUGUGAGAUCCCUUCUGUGCUCAUGCUGUCCUGUAGUCCCACCUUUAUCAACGACAUCAUGACUGUCAUUACAGACAUGUUUCUAACUGGCCUGAACUUCCUAUUGACCAUGACAUCCUAUGGCUUCAUCUUUGCCAGUAUCCUGCGCAUCCGUUCAGCUGAGGGCAAGAGGCGUGCCUUCUCCACGUGCUCUGCCCACCUGAUUGUGGUCACCUUUUAUUAUUCCACUGUGCUAUAUACGUAUAUCCGACCAGCCCUAGGAACUGCUGGGCUCCUGGACAAGGCCAUUGCUGUUUUGUACACCACUGUGACCCCCUCUCUGAACCCCCUGAUCUAUACCUUGAGAAAUAAGGAAUUCAAAACAUCCUUUAAAAAACUUUUAUUUCCUCAUUGAUGACAUUGAGUUGGAGAAGAACUCUAGAAGCAGUGGGAAAGGAGCUAAGUAGAACUCAAGACCUUCUUUUAUGUAUACCCUGAUUCUAGGUGA